GAGAUUGUCUCCACAGUGAAGGUUGUCUCCACUGUGAAGGUUGUCUCCACAUUGAAGGUUGUCUCCACAGUGAAGGUUGUCUGCACAGUGAAAGUUGUCUCCACACUGAAGGUUGUCUCCACAGUGACGGUUGUCUCCACAGUGACGGUUGUCUCCACACUGAAGGUUGUCUCCACACUGAAGGUUGUCUCCACAGUGACGGUUGUCUCCACAGUGACGGUUGUCUCCACAGUGACGGUUGUCUCCACAGUGAAGGUUGUCUCCACAGUGAAGGUUGUCUCCACAGUGACGGUUGUCUCCACAGUGACGGUUGUCUCCACAGUGACGGUUGUCUCCACACUGAAGGUUGUCUCCACACUGAAGGUUGUCUCCACACUGAAGGUUGUCUCCACAUUGAAAGUUGUCUGCACUGAUUCUCCAACAUCCAGCCUCUCUCCCUGGUUCUAG